AUGGUUCGUGGCGUGUUAAAGGCUUCAUUACGGUAAUUUUUUGUUUUUCUUUUAAUCAAUUUAGAUAGAGUUAUUGUUUGAUUUGAUAUUGGUUGUAAUGUUUUCUUGUAUAUUGAUUAGGUAAGUAGAGCUAUUGGUGAUGCAUAUCUGAAGAGGUCUGAAUUUACUUUGCGCGAAUCAUUCCCCAAAUUGGAAAUAGUUCCGGAACCCUUUACAAGAGGUGUGCUAUCAGCAGAACCAGAGAUGCAUACUAGAGUUUUAACAGAUAAUGAUCAGUUUAUUAUAUUUGCUUCUGAUGGACUUUGGGAUUUCUUGUCAAAUAAAAAAGCUGCUGAAAUUGUUCAAAAGAAUCCUAGAAAUGGAAUUGCGAAAAGGCUUCUGAGUACCGCUCUAGCGGUAGCUGCUAAAAGAAGGAAGGUUACCUAUAGGAAGAUUCAGGCCGCUGCUACGGGACGCAACAAUGUGAGCCGGAGGUCUUUUCAUGAUGAUAUAAGUGUGAUUGUGGUGUUCUUGGACAAAACGUCGUUUCCGAGGCAGCCUGUACUUAAUUUGUCCUACACAGGCUCAUCUGACAGGCCUGUACAAUCAGAUUUUGCACAAUUUGGAUUAACCACUUCAAGGCUGGAUUCAAUGAGGCAUCGGAGUCUGAAGGAUAUUAUCCAGUUUGAAUCAGGUUCAUCACAUGCAUCUAGCUCUCAGGGCCCUCGGACUCCUCUGGCUCUGAACCCUCAAACCCUUGAGGGCGAGAGUUCUCGGGCUCAGAGCAAUCGGUAGAAUCUC